ACUCAUCUCUGAUGGAGUCUCCUGAAUUCUUUGGUCCCGUCGAUAUGUUCUUAGGUUUAUGUGAAGACUGCAAUUCAAAUUUACGAAUUGCGUUCUCUGUGUUUUUCAUUUAAUUUAGAGAAUUAACGUAAUACUGUCAGAAUUAUUCGGAGUCAAAUGGAAUUCUGUAUAGAAAUCAUGGUAUUAUAAAAAUAUUCAUUACGAUCGAUUGAAGGCAACGAGUGGAGUAGGUUAUCAGUGAGAUAUGUUUGUGAUGUAACUAUCCCCUCUACUGAGCUUACCACUGGACUUUUGCUCUCAAGAAUCAACGGAGCAUUUAUUACUGUUUCAUUUAAUUUUAAUUAAUUUCUACAUUACCCUCUCAUUAGAAGAAAAUGUCUCGUGUACUCGUGGGUGUAAAGAGAGUCAUCGACUAUGCAGUUAAGGUACGCGUGAAGCCUGACAAAACAGGAGUCGUUACCGACGGGGUAAAGCACUCCAUGAAUCCAUUUGAUGAAAUUGCAAUUGAGGAGGCAGUUCGAAUGAAAGAAAAGAAAAUAGCCCAAGAAGUUAUCGCCGUAAGCUGUGGACCAAGUCAAGCACAGGAAACUUUAAGAACAGCUUUAGCCAUGGGGGCUGAUCGUGGGAUUCAUGUAGAAGUGACUGGUCCAGAAUAUGAAACCUUGCAGCCUAUACAUGUGUCCAAGAUACUGGCAAAAUUAGCACAAGAAGAAAAAGUAGAUUUGAUCGUACUUGGAAAACAAGCAAUCGAUGAUGACUGCAACCAAACUGCACAAAUGACUGCAGGAUUUUUAGAUUGGCCGGCUGGAACAUUUUGUAGCAAGAUUGAGCAUGGUACCGGGGAAAUAACGGUUAUACGCGAGGUCGAUGGAGGAUUAGAAACAUUGAAACUUAAGAUGCCAGCAGUUUUGAGUGCUGAUCUGCGACUCAACGAACCUCGUUAUGCUACUCUUCCAAAUAUUAUGAAAGCAAAAAAAAAACCAAUUAAGAAAGUAAUUCCAAAAGACUUGGGAGUAGACACUACUCCUAGAAUUAAAGUCAUUUCGGUAGAAGAACCACCAGUUCGGCAGGCUGGGAGCAUUCUGCCGGAUGUUGAUACAUUAAUAGCCAAAUUAAAACAGGGUGGUCACAUUUGAAAAGAAAAAUCAAUAAUUAGUCAAACAAGUGGAAUAAUUGUAAGUAAAUAAUGAUUCAUAUUUUACAUCAAACUGCAAAUGAGAUAUUCAUUGAUAUUUGGAUUUCAGAAGCAUUUAUAGAAGAUAUAUUUUAAUACAGCUACAUUACACAGGGAAAGCAAUCAUUGUAACUUUGGUUUAUCUUUUAUUUUUUAAUAAAAUAUUUUCAUAUACACGUAUAGUAUAUUCUCUUUGGUAAACAUAACGGUAAGGAUCGUGCCAAUGUUACUGAUAUUCAUAUAUAAUAUGUACUUAUUAUAAUCUGUAAAAGGUGAAAUUGCAUUAACUGCUGUAAAUACAUGUUUUUAACACCA